AUGAAUGGAAAACAUGAAAUCUACAUUCUAUAUCCAUGGCAUUGGCAACAACUAAGUGUUGAUUUAUAUGGAAAGAAAGGUGCCUUAGAUUCUUUGAAAACAAAGAAAAGAACCCCAGAACAGUUAGCAAUAGAUAUUACUAGACAUUUUGCUUGUUGGCACCCAGAAAGGAAUCAGAAAAAUGCAAUCAGCAGAAAGCAACAGACACUUAAUAACAGUUGGACUUUGCCUUCUACAAAUACAAAUAAAAUAAACUGUGAUGCAUCAUGGUUAUCUGAAAUCACUAAUGCUGGAUUUGGUUUUAUAUUGCGUAAUUGGACAGGAACCUUCAAAGCAGCAGCAAUGGGAAGUUGCAGGACCUUCUCACCAGAAGAGGUAGAAGUUGUAUCUCUUCUCAGAGCUACUCAAUGGGUCGUUUUGCACAACAUACAAAAUUUGGUAAUUGAAGGGGACAAUCAGGAAACAAUCAAUUACCUACAAGGCAAAGAUUCAACAGUAAAAUGGCAAUGUUUAGCCACUCUAGAAGAAGUAAAGUUAUUAGCAGAUCAAUUAGUUUCUUUUUUAGGUUUUCAGUAUGUAGACAGGAGAGCAAACAAGGUGGCAGAUUUGUUAGCAAAGAAGGGAAGAAGCACUAGCAAUACAACCUUUUGGAAUGAUCAAUCUCCUAGUUUUUUAAUUCCUUCAAUUUCUUUUGACACUGUCAAAGCCUAUGAAAUGUGUAACUUAAAUGAUAAUAUCUCUGUAACUUUUUAA